GGCCAGACUGAGAGAGAUAAGGAAGUGCCUUACAACAAGAAGUCGUCCUCAGAAGUUUUCAUUUUCUCUGUCUUUCUUUUCUUUUAUCCUAAUCUAAUUACUAGUGUUAUAUACGUGUAGUGCACUGCUAACUGAGCUUGCACCUCCAGAGGGUAGUAAAGAACCCUACACCGCCCUCCUCGAUUUCACCUUGUUGCUUCCCAAAUUAACUAAAAUUAGACUUCCUUUCUCUCUGUGGUCCAGCCAAGUACUUGACCAAUUUGAAGAAUAUCAAGACUUCUUGUACUACUAGUAUAUAUUUGGAACCUUUACUGCCAUUUUUCCCUUAAGAGAGUGGGAGUUGGCAAAGCAGAGAAAAGGAGGUUCGAAAAUAUGGAUUGGAAUGGCAAUCUUAGACCGCCCUUCAUCUCUCGACCAACUGAUACUUCUUUGGGCUUCUUCUACAACUAUAAUUAUGACCCUUAUCAAGUCAUAGAGAUGAAGCAUGCGUUGCAGGCACCACAUGCAGCAGUGGUCUCAACCAUGGACAAAACCAUUGGUUACGGGAAUCAAGAUCAGAAGAAGAAACGACUGACAACUGAUCAGUUGGAGUCACUGGAGAGUAGUUUUCAAGAAGAGAUAAAGCUGGACCCUGACAGGAAGAUGAAGCUGGCCAAGGAGCUUGGACUUCAGCCUAGGCAAAUUGCAGUCUGGUUCCAGAAUAGACGGGCCAGGUGGAAAGCCAAGCAGCUGGAGCGCUUGUAUGACACAGUUAAACAGGAACUCGAUGUUGUUUCCAGGGAGAAGCAGAAGCUCCAAGAAGAGGUCGUGGCUUUGAGAGCUAUUCUAAAGGAGCAAGUCGGCAAGAAGCCAGUUUCUACCGGCUAUACAGAAAUGUCUGGGGAAGAAACUGUAGAAAGCACCUCCAUUCCCAGCUCUAGCAAGCCUCGAGGAGUGGGAGGAAACAACCUGCAAACGGCGGAGUGCAGCUAUGUCUUCAACGUCGAUGACUAUAACCCUGUGAUGCCGCCUUACUGGGCUGGUCUACCUUCAUAUCCAUAAACUUGUUUAUAUAGUUAGACGGACCUUUGUUCUAAUUAGUUCUUUCUUACGAUGUAAGCUUUAGAAGAAGAGGAACCCUAGUAGUCGUUUAGCUCGGGAACUUAACUACUAUUCCACAUCCAUCCAACCAACUAGACGUGACUAGCUCGAUCCGGAUAUUCUGUC